AUGGGUAUAAAAUUCAAAAAAACUACCCUUAUAGCCUUACUUACUUUUAUGACCUUACUCUUUAUAAUUGUUGAAUGAAUCCUAUCUAUAGUAGGCAUUUUCAUGUCAGAAUGGACAUCAUUUUCAUUUAUGGAACAAAAUUUUCAUUAUGGGCUUUUCGAUUGUGAAAAGUGUCCUGCUGAGUAUGCCCAUACAAAUUACUCAUGUUUAGGAUCACUUACAUGCAAUGAUACUGAAAAAGAUUCUCUUUGUGAUAAAGCUCAACUCUUAAACAAAGCAAAAAUUGUACUUUUAGUAUUUGAAGGAUUUGGCACAGCUUUUUCUUUACUAUUAUUUGAAAGGCUGUUUUAUAUGUCUUUAAGAAAAUCUUAUGGAAAUAUUAUAGUAUUCUAUGCAUUUUCGAUUAUUCCAGCAAUCGCCAAGCUUAUUGGAAUUGGAACUUAUAUUAUUCUGGCUCCGUCCCCAACUAAUAAGAAUCUAAAGUGAAAAUUAUUUAUUUAGGGGAAAGUCAUCUUCUAUUAAUUAUUAAUAUUUUUAUUUAUAGCUAUAAGUAUUAACAGCUACUCAAAUUUUAGGCAUUUAAACAUAUUAAAUAGCAAUUUUCAUUAAAAAUCGAAAAAUAUAUUUUUAGUAAACAUUGCAUGAAUAAAAUUAACUCUUAUAUAUGCUAUCAAAAAACCUUCUCUUCAGAUUAGUGAGUAAGCAGCACAAACCUUAGUUCUAAUUGCAAUAGUGAUCAUGAAAUAUGCAAUGAAAAAGGCCCCUGGUUUUUAAUAGAAUCUUCACUGAUUUCGUGAUUAUGUGCAAUGCUUACUGUUAUUAUUUUAAAAUCCAGAGACAAAUCAAAUGAAAAAAAAAUAAAAGAGACUCUGAGAUUUGGAAAUUAUGACUCAUGAUUUUUAAUAAAAGCAACUCCUAUGGUUUUAUAGCUAAAUAGGUUAAAUGGUUAAAACUCACCAUAAGUAGGCAAGCCUACUAGCCUUUGCCUCGUCUCGGUUCCAAAAAUAGCCAUCUCCAUCGACCUCUGAGUUCAAUAAGGAAAAAUGGAAGGCUGCCAUUUUUGAUUUCCAAUCUUAACCACCUGUCCAAAAAGGAUUAACUCUCUGGCGCAGAGCCACCUUCUGUCGGGCGCUCCGAUAGAUCCGACAAUGGAAGACCAUGUGCUAGGCAAAACCUGUCUAGACCAUCUGACAGGGACUGGAAAACCUUCGGGGAGAAACAAAACUUCCAUUUUUAGCAAGGCUUCCCCAAAAACCUGAGGCCUAUUUCAAAAGGGGCAUAGACUCUCUUUUCAGUUUCAUCGUGAUGGAUCCGACCUGUUCCAUAGUGAUUGCGCCUCUGAGUCCAAUUUAUGUCAACUUCUCCAUUAUAUUUUUUGGUUUUAUUAGCAAUUUGCUUUACAGUUAUGGGACAUUGAUGGGAUUGGAUCAGCUAUCAUAGUCCUAACAGAAUUUAUGGUAGUCUAAUGAGCAUGAAUAAAUAUGAAGAAUACAGCCAGCUUGAUUAUAUGUGUAUUAGUGGUCCAAACUGCGCAAUUACUCCACAGUAUACUAACUCAAUAAGAGAUUGCAAUGCUUUUCACAAAUUAGGAUCCGCAAGCUACUAUUAUUUGGGUAUCAAUUUUGUUUCAUAUGCUUUUUUGCUUAUAUGGAUAGAGCAUCUUAUUUGUUUGGCUCUAAAAAUUAACUUUGGGAUCUUUUGCUUAAAUUAUUUUUGGCCAAUUUUCACAACCAUUGCGAACCUUUGUGGAAAUAUAAGCUGGUUUAUAGUAUCUGGGGCGUCUUUUAGUUCAACUUGCAGAAUAAAAGCAGGAGAUAAUGAUAUAUCGUUUUGUGCUGAGCAAGGGGCAACCCUUUCUUUAGCAGGAUUUUUAUGUUUUGCACUCUCAUCAAUCCUUUAUAUUGUAAUUUUAGCCAGAAAAGCAAAUGGAACAUUAACUGAAGUCAGGCCAGAAAAAAUUAAAAAUAGAAAAAUAUUGGAUGAGUGGCAAAUUAAUAAGGCUUUUGAAGAGCAAGAAAAUAGUAAUUUGUUUACUCCCCACCCAUCCUUGAUCGAACGAUUGACUGUAAAAAUUCCUAAAAAAUGGGAAAAUUAACCCCCAUCCUUGAUCGAACGAUUUUCAUAUCAUGCAAAUUUUUAUAAUAUAAAAAUAUAUUAGUUAUCAAAAGCUUGGGAAGAUAUACAUAAUAAAGUUGUUUUCAGAUACUUUGAGACGACAAAAAGCUUCAGAAUCAACCGUAUGAAGUGAUUCAGUCAUCAGCCUAGGCUUAAAAACUCAAUAAUUUAACAAAAUAGAGAUUUUUUAAAAUUUAAAAAAAAAAUUAAUUUAAUAACUCCCCCCCCCGUGAGUGAACAAAACCAUUAGAAAAAUCGGCAUUUUUUGCCCAAAAAACCCACCCUCCGUGAGUGAACAAAAAUUUUUUUAAUAGAACAAAUUUUUUAUGGAAAAAAAAAUUGAUAUAUAAGUGAUAAUUAGCAUAAUGAAAUCUAGAGCUAAUUCUGUUUAAUUUUAAACAAAUUGCUUUUUUAAAACAUAAAUUUUAUAAAUUAAAUUAAUAUUUGCUUUCCAGUUUGUGCGAAUUAGGAUUUUUUUAAAUUUCGAAAAAAAAAUUUUUUAUAAAAUUUAUAUAUAAAUGUUUUUAAAAAAAAAAAAUUAACCCCCCUCCGUGAGUGAACAAAAUUUUUUUGUUCACUCACGGAGGGGGGGGGUGGGAGUAAGGAACAAAUUAAAAUUUAUACAGUUUAAAGGGGUAAACUAAUAAAUCAAAAUAUUAAAAAUUGGUAUUUUUUAUGAAAUUAAUUCAAUUUUUUGCUGUAAAAAUAAAUUAUUAAAUACUCUUAACCCUCUUAUUUAAAAGUAAAUAAAAAAAAAUAUAUAUAUAUUUUUUUAUUUUAUAUAUAAAAAAUUUUUUCCCAAAAAAUAUGUUUUAACCCCCAUCCUUGAUCGAACGAUGGCGAGUCGUUCGAUCAAGGAUGGGUGGGGGGAGUUAGGAAAAUGUCUACACUAUCUAUUACAAGGCCAAAUACGCAAGAUACUGUGUUAAAUGGUGACUUUUCAAAAUCCACAGUAACUUUUAGAUGCAGCAAUUCUAUUUUGGAUAGAAAUUUGGCUUAA